AUGGCACCCAAAAAGCCUGCCGAGAAAUCCGUCAAACCCGGCGACAAGAAGCCAUCGGCAACUUCAGCUGGCUCUGCUUCAGCUGCAAAGCCUGCUGCUACCAAGAAAACUGUACCCGGCAAGAAGCCUGCUGCUUCCCCAGCUGGUUGUCAAAAGCCUGUAGCUAAGAAAGCAGCGCCUGCCAAAAAGCUCGCCACCAAUUUCAAGCCAAAGGUUAAGGAUGCUAAGAAGAAGGCUGCCGCUGGCAAGAAGGCACAAUCACUCUUGGCUAAAUUUUCUGCGAAGGCUCGCGCCGCCGCGAAGGGCAAGAAAGUCGCCGCUAAGCCCGGUGCUAAAGUGCAAAAGGGUACGGCAAAGGCUAAGGCUAUUGCUUUAUUGAAGGCCAAGAAAGUUCAAACUAAGAUUGUGAAGGGUGCUUUUGGUACACGCACACCCAAGGUGCGCACCAACGUGUACUUUCGUCGGCCAAAGACUCUGGUGUUGCCACGCCGAACAGUGGACCAAAAAAGGUUGCUGUGA